CAUUUCCUGCUACGUGUGUAAACAGCGCUGAAAGCCCCGCGACUAAUGAUGUCCGCAUGAAUGCCUGUUAUUAAAAACACGUUUCCUUCGCAUUGAAGGACGUUUUGACUUUAGUCAGUCUGUUUAUUACUGCCCAGAUGUGAUUACCUUUCCGCGAAAGUUGCCCCGUUUUGUUUUUGACCUGGAAAAUCUCUGGCAGAUGUUAAAUACUCCGCCGUGUUAUAUCUGGUUGGCAGCACGGACGUUAGUGGCUAAAACAGUAAAAAUACAUAGUUCGAUUUAUUAAUAACACAAAUUACAACACUGACGGCAUGAAUAAGCGAGAAGGUGAAGGAUAUCCCCGGAAAAAUGCUGAUGCAGCGCUGGACUGUGCUACGAGUGCCAGCCCAUCCUCGCCUGUCGUUGCUGCUUUCAAAGUUUUCCAGCAGGAGCUUGACACCAAACAUGACAAAUACGAGCGUCUUGUGAAGAUCUCUCGAGACAUAACCAUUGAAAGCAAGAGGACCAUUUUUCUUUUGCAUAGAGUGACCAGUGUACCAGAUGCAGAGGACAUUCUGAAUGAAGCAGACCUAAAACUGGAUGCAGUCAGGCAGAAAAUCGGUCAAAUUGCUGAAGAGCUUAGGGGAGAGGACAUCCAUCAGUUUCACAGAGCCUUCACUCCAGGGAUCCAGGAGUAUGUGGAGGCAGUCUCCUUCCUGCACUAUAUCCGCCAUCGCAGCCUCAUCAGCCUGGAGGAGAUCAACGUCAGACUGGUGUUCAUGAGAAGAGAAAAGGGCACAGCUGAAGCCCUGCCGCUGGGAGCUCAGGUCCUGACCUUCCAGGUGACGCCCUCAGACUACCUGCUCGGCGUGGCUGACCUGACCGGAGAGCUGAUGCGGAUGUGCAUCAGCAGCGUGGGCAACGGCGACAUUGACACGCCCUUCCGGCUGAGCCAGUUCCUGCGGCAGAUCCACGACGGUUUCUCCUACAUCGGAAACACAGGCCCGUAUGAGGUGUCCAAGAAGCUGCACACACUGCGGCAGAGCCUGGGCAAAGUGGAGGACGCUUGCUACACCCUGCGUGUCCGUGGCUCAGAGAUCCCCAAACACAUGUUGGCCGAUGUGUUCUCCAGUAGGAACACACUCCUCGACCCUGAGGAAGGAGUGGUUUAAUCCUCCACGGCUUCAGCAACAGUGUUUAUGUUCUCUAUGGUGUCAUUGUCUCCUUUAGUUUUGCUCCAGUUUUAUUGUUUGUAUGUAUUUUAAUGGGAUUUGACAGAUGUUUGAUUUGUUUUGUGAAAUGCCCGGUUUUAUUAUUACAAUAAAAACACUGUUACAAUAGACAAUGGAUUUUUUUUUCUUUGAUAAAGAUCUGAUGACUUCAGUUGUUUUGCGUGAAUAAAAGUUCUGUGCCAAAUA